UAUCAAACAUUUACUAUGUCCACUUCAGGAGCCCCACAGGCUAGUGCUACAAUUGUUCAAUACUCUGCUCAAUCUGGAGGUGGGACUCAGCAAUACUAUGUGCCUGCCAGCAAGAUGGUAGUCCAAGCUGCUACAGGUCUCCCACAGAGUGUAGUGAUGGCCAGCACUCCAGCCUCCUUGCAAAGCCCUCAGCAGCUAGCUGAGGAGGUGUCACGUAAGAGGGAGCUCCGGCUGAUGAAGAACAGGGAAGCUGCCCGGGAAUGCCGUCGGAAGAAGAAAGAGUAUGUCAAAUGUCUUGAAAAUCGGGUCGCUGUGCUUGAAAAUCAAAACAAGACUCUCAUCGAAGAACUCAAGGCCCUAAAAGACCUUUACUGUCACAAAAUUGAAUAGUGGAAGGCCAUCUGAGGCCAAACAUUAAAGAGACUGCUAUUUACAGCUUACUGCAAGCAUCUGGGCAAAAGUGUUUCUUACGUAUUGUGUAGCCACAGCUUGCAAUGGCCAGCAAAGGCCACAAUUGCCUCACCUGUGUAAUUCCGCGUGUUAAUGAUGCCUGCGUCUUUUGGUGGUGUUAGAAAGCUUAUUUCCUACACUGUUCUGGAGCCAGUGAAUGCGGUAUGUUGCCUUUGUCACUUGUGCUUUUGCAGGAAGGCGGCUAAAGAGUGUCGCCGCAGGAAGAGAGAGUAUGUACGGUGCCUAGAGACCCGACUUACUAUGCUGGAGGUGCAGAACAAGAAGCUUAUCGAUGAGCUAAAUUACCUGAAGGAAAUCUAUUCUGGAAUUUCCAGUUAGGUGUAGUGCAGUGGUGCACCACAUCUCAGCACAUCUCAUGGCUUUACCGCCAUUAUUUUUAUUCAAACAUUUUUCUGGAGGUGGUUUAAAGUUAUUUUGUGAAAAAUUACUUUAGACCAGCACACGAAUGCCAACAAAGAUUUUUUGACAAAACUUUUAAUUGGUUUUAAAUUGUUACUGUUUACAUUCUAUAUGCUACUUUCAAUGUUAAAAGGUACAUGUUCUUAAAGAAGCUUUGUCAUUUGAGUCAGCCUACAUAGAUCUAAAUAUAUUUGAAGUAAAAAUUGAAAUUAAAUAUAGAAGUCAUAAGAAUGUUUGAGUAUUUGUAGUGAACCUCUGAGUAAAUAUAUUUUUGGAUUGUUUUCUUUCUCUUUUUUGGCUCAAUACUGCAACUGAAACAAUU